AUGUCCAAGCCGACCGAUCACAUCAAGAGACCCAUGAACGCCUUCAUGGUGUGGUCCCGGGGCCAGAGGCGGAAGAUGGCCCAGGAGAACCCUAAAAUGCACAACUCGGAGAUUAGCAAGCGGCUGGGCGCGGAGUGGAAGCUGCUGUCGGAGGCUGAGAAACGACCCUACAUCGACGAGGCCAAAAGGCUCCGGGCGCAGCACAUGAAGGAGCAUCCUGACUACAAGUACAGACCCCGGCGCAAGCCCAAGAACCUGCUCAAGAAGGACAGGUAUGUCUUCCCUUUGCCUUACCUGGGCGACACGGACCCGCUAAAGGCGGCCGGGCUGCCUGUGGGAGCCACGGACGCUCUGCUGAGCUCCCCGGAGAAGGCUAGGGCUUUCCUGCCUCCCACCUCCGCACCCUACUCCUUACUUGACCCCAGCCAGUUCAGCUCCAGCGCUAUCCAGAAGAUGACCGAGGUGCCCCACACCUUAGCCACCAGCACCCUGCCCUACGCCUCCACCUUGGGAUACCAGAGCGGGGCGUUCGGCAGCUUGAGCUGUCCCAGCCAGCACACCCAUACUCACCCUUCGCCAACUAACCCUGGGUAUGUGGUGCCCUGUAACUGUACAGCUUGGUCGGCUUCCAGUUUGCAACCUCCAGUUGCCUACAUAUUAUUCCCAGGCAUGACCAAGACUGGAAUAGACCCCUAUUCUUCAGCACAUGCGACUGCCAUGUAA